AUGCAGGGGCGGACUGACCAUUUGGAAACUCGGGCACUGCCCGAGGGCUCGGGGUCAGUAGGGGGCCCCAUGAGAUACCCCUGGUACCUUUUUCAUAGGCUUUUUUGAGUUUGGGCAAGGACACAGGGGCCCCAUGAUCCCCUACUGCCCGAGGGCCCCAUGAGUUGUCAGUCCGCCCUUGAGAAUAUGUAUGAGAUUUGAAAAUUGUAUUUGCUCAAGGCUUGCUGAGACAAUAAUUAUUUGACUUUCAGUAAAGCACAU